GGAAUUAGUGGUUCGGCCAGCUGAAAAUAAGCAUCCAAUGAGAAGAAGGAGAAAUGAGGAGUUGGAGCCGCGUCACCAGUGGCAUGGCACAGAAUCAUCUUUAAAGAUGAAAGCCUUAUUGGUGACAAUGAAUUUCGGCACUGAAUUCAGCUUUCUAAAGCCAAAAAAUAGAUAUUUUUCUAAUUGAGGGAUGGACAAGGACAGAAAACAGAUGUCUGAGAGAAUAUUAAACCUCACCCUAGAGAUCAUCUACCUGCUGACUGGAGAGGAUUAUAUAGUAGUGAAGAAUGUAACCGAAGAGGGAGAAGAAUGGAGCAGGAACCAGGAUCCUAUCAUGAUGUCUCCACCUCAUUCACUGACACAUGAGAGAGACAACUAUCAGGAGAUCCUGGACCUCACCAACAAGAUCACAGAGCUGCUGACUGGAGAGAUUUCCAUAAGAUGCCAGGAUGUCACCGUCUAUUUCUCCAUGGAGGAGUGGGAGUAUUUACAAGAACACAGGGAUCUGUACAAGGAUAUUAUGAUGGGGAAUCACAUUGCUUCACCAGAUGAAUCCAGUAAGGAAGAAAUGCCACAUAUAUCUCCCAAUCUAUAUUCUGAGGUUUAUCCAGAGAGAAAUCAGAAACUCUCAAAGCUUGAUCAGGUUGCAAAUGUGAGCGAUAUAAAACCUGAAGAUAUAACAGAACAGGAAGAGAGAUGUGCGACUGUGACCCAGAUGUGCAAGGAGGAAGAAAUAUCUGAAGAAUUUGGCAUCGCAGAUCCAUGCACCCAAGAUUUUGUGCAAAGUGUCCCUAAUGUCCUUUUAUCUCCAGAUUUUGAACUACAAAAUAACAAUAUCAAAGAAGACAAUCAUAGAGAACAUUCCUCAGCACUUCUCACCGCAAACAUGCUGUUUAUCCUUCACAGCAGAGAUCUGUCUACUGAUCCCACCAAUCACAAGGAACCUUCUUCUGGUCAAUCACAGAUUAUUAAACAAAGUGCAGGUGAUACAGGGUGUAAACUAUUUCCAUAUUCUGAAAGUAAGCAUCUUUUUAAAAUGAAAUCCAAUAUUUCUAUGCACAAAAGAAUUCAUAGAUAUGAGAAUCAAAAAGGGCCCAGAGGGGAAAAGCCAUUUUCUUGUCCAGAAUGUCAAAAACGUUUUUCUCAUAAAUCCCAUUUUAUUGUACAUCAGAGAAGUCACAAAGGGGAGAAGGCUUUUUCAUGUUCAGAAUGUGGGAAACAUUUUACUCGGAAAGCAAAUCUUGUUGAACAUCAGAAAAUUCACACAGGAGAGAAGCCAUUUUCAUGUUCUGAAUGUAAGAAAUGUUUUAUCCAAAAAUCAGAUGCUGUUAAACAUCAGAAAUCUCACACAGGGGAGAAGCCAUUUUUAUGUCCAGAAUGUGGGAAAUGUUUCGGCCAAAAGUCAAAUCUUAUUAAACAUCAGAAAACUCACACAGGGGAGAAGCCAUUUUCAUGUUCUGAGUGUGGAAAAGGUUUCACCAGAAAAUCAAAUCUUACUGAACAUCAAAGAACUCACACCGGAGAGAAGUCGUAUUCAUGUCCAGAAUGUGGACAAUGUUUUAUCCAGAGAUGGGAUGCUAUUAAACAUCAGAAAGUUCACACAGGAGUAAAGCCAUUUUCAUGUCCAGAAUGUGAGAGCAGUUUUUACCAUAAUUCACAACUAAUUAUACAUCAGAGAACUCACACAGGGGAGAAGCCAUAUUCAUGCUCAGAAUGUGAAAAAUGUUUUACGAGGAGAUCAAGUCUUAUUGAACAUCAGAGAAUUCACACUGGAAAGAAACCAUUUUCUUGUUCUGAAUGUGAUAAAUCUUUUAUGCACAAAUCAGUUGCUGUUAAACAUCAGAAAUCUCACACAGGGGAAAAACCAUUUUUGUGUUCAGACUGUGGGAAAUGUUUUUUCCAGAAGUCAUAUCUUGUUAAACAUCAGCGAACUCACACAGGGGAGAAGCCGUUUUCGUGUUCUGAGUGUGCAAAAUGUUUCACCAGGAAAGCUAAUCUUGUUGACCAUCUGAGAACUCACACAGGGGAGAAACCAUUUUCUUGUUCAGAGUGUGGAAAAUGUUUUCGUCAAAAGUCUGAUGCUGUUCAUCAUCAGUUAAUCCACUCGGGAGUGAAACCAUAUUCAUGUUCAGACUGUGGGAAUUGCUAUAAGUAUAGAGCAGCUCUUGCUAAGCAUAAGAAGCAGAGCCAUUUAAAUGUUCAGACUGUAAAUGCUUUAUCUCAAAUGUAGUGCUCUGGAGAAAUAU